AUGAAGGCCGCCAUCAGUCGCAAGUUGGCCGUCCUGGCCGUGUGCCUGUCGACCUUUUCGUCGGCUGCCAUGGGUGCCUCUUGUCCCGAGAACGACGGCGAAGAAGUCAAAGCCCCAGGAAAGGUCUAUAAGCUUUGGUGCAAGCACGCACAGGGCGCUGCAAACAGCAUCACCAAGCCCUGCAGCUCCAUUGACGAGUGCGCGCAGCUCUGCGCUGCAGCCGGCAACGACUGCCUCCACGGCCAAUUCCAGGUCAAGACGAACGAGUGCUUCCUGCGCAGCAACGUCGGAUCGAAGACACCACAGACCUACGCCAACGGGCAUGUCCUGCAGUGGAUCCGCGAUGAGCCCAUCGACCCAGUGGACGGUAGUGACGGCACUGGGACUACUACUCCUCCUCCCAGUACUGACGAUGGCACGCCUACUGACGGGAGCGGCCUCGACAAACAUGGCAACAAGCUCGUCUAUAAGUGCGGCGACGAUCAUGGCGAUUACUUUGAAGCUGAUAACGGCCGAGUCUUUAAGCUGUACUGCAGCCACGGCUCGUACAUUGCCGACAUUGAUAGCUUCGCCUCGACCAGUCUCAGGGAGUGUGCCGAGAAGUGCGCCCUGCGCUCCGACUGCAAACAGGUUGACUUUGAUGGCACAACAUGUCACAUCAAGGGCGCUUCCAAGACCCCGGCCUCAUGGACUGGUCAUGUCUGGGUCGCGACAACGUGUCCCAAGACGAGAGCCACCGCCCAGAACAAAGAUCCUGCCACGACCACCGACGUCACGUGCCCCCAGAAUGACGGCAAGAUCUUUGAAGGUUCUGACGGCACCUGGUUUUAUAACCAGUGCUGUGCCGACACUGACGCCGCCAGCGUGCUCGGUUACAAGACCGCAAAGGACCAAAAGGACUGUGCGGAGCUGUGCGUCCAGGACAAGGCUUGCAAGAGCGCCCUCUUCGUGACCGAGACCGGCGGCCAACCUGAAAACUGCAAGCUCUACGGCCACGGCAGCUUCUCCACGACUGUUGCGGAAGGUGCUCACUACAUGUUUGUGACCGACCCGCCGACCAGCGCCGCCAAGCUCUCCGAGUCCAAGCUUUGCUCGACCGAGUGCCCUGGUGCCGACGGUCAGAUCUAUGCCAGCGUCACGGGAGAGAACUACCAGAUGUUCUGCAAGAAGCGCCACGGCACCAACUACCUCAAGAUCGAGCGCCGUCCCAACUUUGAGGCCUGCAUCGCCUCUUGUGCUGCCACCCCGGCUUGCGACAGCGCCGACUACGAGCCUCGCACCAAGAAGUGCUUCUUCAGCAACGACAACAACCUCCCCACCAUCGACGCCCCGGCCUUCAUGUCUGCCCACUCCCUCGGCUGCGCCGGCGCGUGCGCCAGCUGCAACAAGGACAAGGGCUGCAACGCGACCAAGGAGGCCCUGGGUGCUGACGAGGCGUCCUGCCCCGACAACGACGGCGAGAUCAUCACGUCCAACCUUCUCGACUUCCGUCUCCAGUGCAAGCACUGCUUCACCAGCGCGACGGGUUCCUACUGGAGCCUGCCCGGCAAGACCGUCGAGGACUGUGCUGCCCACUGCGCCAAGGACUCGAGAUGUGUGGGUGUCAACCUCAUCAAGGACGCGUGCUGGAUGCACCCGGCCCGUGGUGUUGACGGCAACGAGGUCGGCUUCAAGAAGAGCGAUGAGUGCCACGCUAUGGCGCCGUUUGACAGGGGCCAUGCUGACAAGCCAACCGCCUAAAUUAAUUGGGUGAGUCUGUUGGCCACGUGAAAUUGGAAGCCGCUUUUGGCGAUAUCUUUCCAAAAAGCCCUGGAAGUCGAUGCCCGCCGUUACAGCUUCCUUGCUUGUGGGACAUCCAAGAUGAUGGUGGAAGAGCAUGGUGGUCUGUUUCGGACAGAAAUCCACAAAAGGUUCCUGGUCUACAGGGGGAC